GNUAGAUCAACCUUCUUCUCUCUCUUUUAUUUCUACGACAUUUGAUCCAGCAAGAGAUUCUGAUUUUCCAGAACAAGAAAUAAUUUCUGGGGGUUUACAUUUCGAAUGGAGAGCUUUAGAAAAGCAUAUGGAGCACUUAAAGAUUCAACCAAGGUUGGCCUAGCCAAGGUCAACAGCGAAUUUAAGGAUUUGGAUAUCGCUAUUGUAAAGGCAACAAACCACGUUGAAAGCGCUCCAAAAGAAAGGCAUGUUGCAAUGAUAUUUGCUGCAACAUCGGUUACACGUCCACGAGCAGACGUUGCCUACUGCAUUCAUGCACUCUCUAGACGAUUGUCAAAGACACGCAACUGGAUAGUUGCCCUAAAGACACUGAUAGUUAUUCACAGAGUUCUGAGAGAAGGUGAUCCUACUUUUAAAGAGGAAUUGCUGCACUUCUCUCACAGAGGGCAUAUUUUCCAAAUAUCCAACUUUAAAGAUGACUCGAGUACACUUGCUUGGGAUUGCUCUGCCUGGGUAAGGACUUAUGGACUUUUUCUGGAGGAAAGACUCGAGUGUUUUAGGACUUUGAAGUAUGAUAUCGAGGCAGAGAGAUUGACCAAAACCUCACCUGGAAUUUCCAAGGUGCAUAGCAGAACAAGGCACUUAAAUGGUGAAGAACUAUUAGAGCAGCUCCCAGCAUUGCAGCAGCUUCUAUAUCGCUUGAUUUGUUGCCAGCCUGAAGGAGGAGCCUGUUACAAUUUUCUUAUUCAGUAUGCCUUAGCACUGGUUUUGAAGGAGAGCUUCAAGAUCUAUUGUGCAAUCAACGACGGGAUUAUUAACCUUGUUGAUUUUUUUUUUGAAAUGUCCAAGCAUGAUGCCAUAAAAGCUCUCAACAUAUAUAAAAGAGCGGGGAAACAGGCUGAAAGUCUAGCUCAUUUUUAUGACUUCUGCAGAGGGCUGGAUCUUGCUCGGACAUUUCAGUUUCCCAUUUUGAAACAGCCACCUGUUUCCUUUCUGGCAACUAUGGAGGAAUACAUACGAGAAGCACCACAGAUAGGUUCCAUGUCAAGUAGGAGGCUGGAGUAUAGAGAAACGGAGCAAGAACCUGAAACACCUAAAGAACCUGUCCCUGAAGAAAAGGAAGAGCAAGUUGAAGCAGCUGAAAAUGGCAAAGAAGAACAGGUUGAAGCACAAGAGGAACCUCAGCCUGAAAAAUUAGAAGAAACUCCACCGCUGAAAUCAACGGAAGAGCCUGUUGAUUUGCUGGGUUUGAACCAAUUGGAUCGAAAAGUUGCAGAAUUAGAGGAAAGCAAUGCGUUGGCUCUUGCGAUAAUUCAACCGGGUAAAGAAAAUCCAUCAGCGAAUUAU